AAAAUUAUAAAAACUUUAUUGUUUAAAUAUUUAAUAACAAGGACAACACAAUUAUUAUAAAAAAUAAUUUUUGUUACAAGAAAAAAAAAAUUAUCGUUAUUUUUAAAAAGUGUUUUAAAGGGCAGUUGUUUGAAAAAUUUCAAAAUUGUGUUAACAAACAUUAAUUGCUAGUGGAUUGUGUUUUCCUACUCUCCCCUUUCCCCUUAAAAAAAAUGGUCAAAAGACACAUGAUGUUAUUGGCCGCCUGCCUGCUGGGCCUAAUGGCCUUUGGCUCUACAUUUGAUCACACAUUGAAAUUUGAUUAUCCCGGACCCUAUUGUGAGAAAAUCAACAGUUGCUGUGACAGCAGAUACGACAGCUGUUCGGUGCCUAUAGCCAAUACUCUUUGCUACUGUGAUGAAUUCUGUGAUCGUAGUGUGGCCGGUGAUUGUUGUCCCGAUUAUCGUUCAUUCUGCAAGAGAGAACCCGAUCCAAUUGUCAGCUGUCUACACAGAGGUGUCUACUUUAACAAGUUCAAUACCACACGAGACAAUUGUAACGAGUGUCGCUGCUUGGAGGGUGGCAUUGUUAAAUGCGAUGAAGACUUGUGUCUCACCGAUGAUGCCUUGAUCCAUAAUGUUAAUUCGAUACAUAAUUUGGGCUGGUCUGCUCGUAAAUACAGUGAAUGGUGGGGCCGUAAAUACUCUGAGGGUUUGGUCAAACGUUUGGGCACCAAAGAACCCACUUUCCGUGUCAAGGCCAUGACUCGUUUGCACAAUAAAGCCGAUGGUUUGCCCCGCAACUUCAAUUCCAUUGAUAAGUGGUCUGCCUACAUUUCAGAUGUUCCCGAUCAAGGUUGGUGCGGUUCAUCUUGGGUUCUUUCUACCACCUCGGUGGCCUCAGAUCGUUAUGCUAUUCAAAGUCAGGGCAAGGAAGUCGUGCAAUUGUCGCCACAAAAUAUUUUGUCUUGUACCCGCAAGCAACAGGGUUGUGAUGGUGGUCAUUUGGAUGCUGCUUGGCGUUAUCUUCAUAAACAGGGUGUCCUUGAUGAAAACUGCUAUCCUUAUAUUGGAAAACGUGACGUCUGCAAAGUUCAUCACAGAAUGCGUUCACUCUCGGACAAUGGCUGCAGAUCUGCUCCUGGUGUUGAUCGUGAUGAAUUGUACACCGUUGGUCCAGCAUAUUCCAUUAAAAACGAAACCGAUAUAAUGGCUGAAAUUUAUCAUUCUGGUCCCGUACAAGCCACCAUGCGUGUCUACAGAGAUUUCUUCUCUUACUCGGGAGGCGUGUACACCCACAGUGCUGCCAGUCGUGGUAGUCCCAGAGGCUUCCAUUCCGUUAAGUUGGUAGGCUGGGGUGAGGAGCAUGAUGGUGUUAAAUACUGGAUUGCUGCCAAUUCCUGGGGUCCCUGGUGGGGUGAACAUGGCUACUUCCGCAUUUUGCGCGGUAGCAACGAAUGUGAUAUUGAGGGCUAUGUUUUGGCUGCCUGGCCCAAUGUUUACAACUAUUUUGCUACUAAAAAUUAAGUCUAAUUUCCUUUUCUUUUAAUUUUUAAUUUUAAAUAUUAAACAAAAACACCGAUAUGACAAAGAGACCUCAACCAAAAUAAAGCAAAUCUCGUUAAAAAAUAUUGUACUAAAAGUUAAACAUAUAAAAAGAAAGAAAGAAGAAAAUUAAUUUCCAUAAUUUUAAUGCAGUUCUCUUGUUUAAACUAAAAAAUAAAACACAAACGAAUCUUAGUUUUUAUUAUUAUUAAUGAACAUUAUUAUUAAAUACAUAUUAAUUAUUACUACUUAUUAUUUAAAUUUAGUUUUUAGUUAAAAACUUUUUGAAUUUGAAAUUAGCUGAGAAACUAUGUAUUUUUGUAUUUAACUCCUCGUAUUUUGUACAAUUUCGUAAAUAUAUUUAAUGCAACAUUUAACAGUGAGUAUUUUAUAGCUUUUUUCAAACUUUGUUCUAUGACUUUUUUUUAUAGUUUUUUAAGUUUUCAAAUCUAUUUAAAGUUUUAAGUAUAUUAUGUAUAUUAAUAAUUAUUAUUAUUUGUUUAAUUGUUUUCUAAACAAUAAGAGGAAAACAGAAAGCAAGAUAAUAAAUUAUUUAUAUUUUCUAUACUCAUACGCGUACAUACUGCAUAAAUAUUUAAAAUAAAUAGUUUAUUAUUAAUUAAUUUAAAUUUUAUUAUUGAUUUCCAAAACAAAAAGCUGCCUUAAAAAAGAUAAAUAACUAUUUUUUGUUCAAUUGUUAAAUAAUUUCUUUUAUUUUAACACUUUCGUCUGCCAUUUAAAUUAAUUUAUUUCCGUUUUGUUUUCAUUUUUGUACUGCCACUUUUCGAUAUAGUUAAAAAUGUCCUUAUUUUUAUUUUCUUUGUAAUUUUUGUCCCUUAAAGAAUUUUUUAUUAAUUUUAAACUAUACUUAACAAAUAAUUAUUUAUGUACAUGUAGUAAUUAAUUAUUAAUAAUCUCUUUAAUAUGUACAAAAAAAAAAAGAUAAAAUAAAAUAUAAAAAAAUAUAUAUAUAAAAAACAACACUAAAAAAUAAAUAAAAAAUUAUAAAAUGAAA